UUGCUUCAUUCAACAAAAACUUCAGGUGCCCACUCGCCUGAGUAUGUACAUAGUGCUUCUCAAGCGUUUCUCGCCCCUCUGAGACCUAAGACCUAUCCAUAGCACAAUUGGCAAUUGCUCGUUUCGAAUAAACCGACAUCUGCCACGAUCAUACCGCAAUCGCUCUGUGCGGUGUAUUGUGGGUAGCGAGACAAGACGGGUAUGCAUGCAAUUCACAGUGUCAUGGCCGCCGUGCCACAGACUGCUCAGCUUGCCCUCGCAAGUCUGGGAGGUCUGUGGCUAGGCUUCAAAGUCCUGAGCCUGCUGCGGCUUUUCUUCAGUAUGUUCGUACUUAGCGGCACUAACCUCCGAAAAUAUGGCGGCAAAGGAACAUGGGCUGUCGUUACCGGUGCAUCUGAUGGUCUGGGCAAGGAGUUUGCGACUCAGCUUGCUGGCAAGGGUUUUAAUGUGCUUCUCGUAUCUCGAACGCUGUCCAAGCUCGAAACAUUCCAGACCGAGCUCCAAACCAAAUAUCCGAGUCAGCAGACCGACAUUCUCGCGAUGGACUUCGCAGCACUUGACAACGAGGCCGAUUACGCCCGUCUCGCAACCCGUAUCGCUAGCCUCGAUGUUGGCAUUCUGAUCAACAAUGUGGGCCAGAGCCAUAGCAUUCCUGUUGCCUUCACGCUUACCGACAACACCGAGAUGGAGAACAUUAUCAAUAUCAAUUGCAGGGGAACUUUGAAAGUGACGCGGAUCGUGGCUCCAGGCAUGCAGAAGCGACGACGCGGCCUCAUUCUUACCAUGGGUAGCUUUGGCGGCUGGAUGCCCAUGCCCAUGCUCGCCACAUACUCGGGGAGCAAGGCUUUCCUUCAGUUCUGGUCGACUGCGCUAGCAGCCGAGCUCAAACCAGACAAUGUAGACGUGCAGUUGGUUCUGAGCUACCUUGUUACGACGGCGAUGAGCAAGGUGCGUCGCCCUAGCUUGUUCAUCCCGAGCCCAAAGCCUUUUGUUCGUGCGGCGUUAGGCAAGGUGGGCGUGGGCGGCUGGCAUAGCAUGGCUUACACAUAUACGCCACACUGGACUCAUGCACUCAUGGCUUGGUUUGUUGAGAACACGAUCGGCAUUGGUAGCUCUAUAGGCCUCAGGGUCAACCGAUCAUCACACAUUGACAUCCGCAACCGAGCGUUGAGAAAAGCGGCACGGGAAGCUAAGAAGAACUAGAGAGUAACCCGACGUCUGCUGAAAUAUUGCGAUAGUGCCAAAGUGGCAUCAGCGUUGACUUUUGCAUUUCAUCAACGUCAAUCUUGAAGGACUGGUUAAACCUCUCGAUGGCAAUUCGGUUCAGAAGUUGUGUCGCUGUUAGUAUCACGGAGGCAAUUAAUUAAUAGGUAGGAUAUAGAAAAAUAGAUCGGGAGAAUACAUGUUUAAGGUGCGCGUUGCUAGACAACUAGCUUUCAUGAUAGUUAGGGGUGGGUUAUUGUGCACAACUCCACAUUAUUUCCUUUGUGAACUCGAACUGCCCUAUGCGUGAUUAUUCUUCAUAGAAAUUCAUGUCUUACGAGAACAGCCGUCGGCUGUGCCUGUUUAUAAUGUUAUAUUCAUGUCGAGGCGAUCGCCGCAUGGUACUUGAACAUGAAUACCUACAUACCUACUUCCUACAUAUGAGGCAAUAUCCUCCUGUGUAGGCUUCAAGCAUGGAGACUGGAACGAUUAAUACAAUUCAAUAUGAAGAGAGAAUGGACGGCCGUAGCCAAUACGCUUUAUUAAAUAUCUCGACCAGCAAGUGCUGUAGCCAGCUACAUAGCAAAAAAGUGAAG